AUGGCAAGCAGCAGGGCACAACCGGGGGGGACAAGUCGCUACGGCGUGUUCAAGUUUUUCACGGUCUACUGCCCCCCACCGACGGCGCUCCGCCUUCCGCAGACACCACCGGCCCGUUCGCCGACGCUGCAAUCGAUUCCCAUUCCACUCCUCUCCACCUGCCCCCAUGUCCUCUCCAGUCCCCGUCUUCGACGCAAAAGCGAUGCCCUUCCGCCGGUUGGGCCCCAGCGGUCUGCGCGUGCCGCUCUUCUCUCUCGGCGGCUGUCCGUCUUUGCGCAUUCCCCAUUGGCUUUAGCUGAGCUCUCGACAGGGCUCACCCUCGGAGGCUCCGUCGUCGGCGAGAGCGUCAAGGACAUCAUGCAGGCCGCCUUCGAGAAUGGGAUCAACAUGUUCGACACCGCGGAGGACUACCAGAAAGGUGCGGCUGAGCGAAAUGUGCGUUCCCUGAGAUUCCCUUCUGACCACGCUUUCUCUGACUCCAGCAAAAUCAGGGGACACGCUAUCAAAGAACUUGGCUGGCGCCGCACGGACCUCGUCAUCUCAACCAAGAUAUUCUGGAGCCACGAGCCAGGCACGGGCCCGAACGACACGGGGCUGUCGCACAAACACGUUAUCGAGGGCACGAAGGCUUGUUUGCGACGGCUCCAGAUGGACUAUGUCGACGUCAUCUUCGCGCAUCGUUGCGAUACCACCGUUCCGAUGGAGGAGAUCGUCCGCGCAUUUAACUAUGUUAUCGACCAGGGCUGGGUGAGUGGCUUUCUACUGGGGCACCUCCGAGUGGAGCGCACCAGAUCGAGGAGGCGCAUCGUGAGCGUGUACCUCUCCCGAGACCUCCCGUCGCUUACCCGCAGCACAGAUGUUGCCACGCGCUUAAACCUCAUCGCGCCGAUCGCGGAGCAGUGCAAGCACAACCCUUUGUACGCCAAGUACGGCCUGGGCACAACCGCAUUCUCUGCACUGCAGGGCGGACUGCUGACGGGGAAGUACAACGACGGCAUCCCAGACGGCACGCGCUUCGCCACCGUGCCCAUGUUCCGCGGGGCGACGGAGGGUCCCCAGGGCGAAGAGCUGCUUUGGAAAGUGCGUCUCCUCAGCCAAAUUGCUGCGGGGUGCGUCGUUUCUCCCCGACUUGCUGAACUCUGGGCGGAACCGCUGGCGCUCGCGUGGGUUGCGGCGCACCGCCACACUUCCACAGUCAUCCUCGGCGUGUCCUCCGUCGCACAGCUCGAGGCGAACCUCGGCGCGCUUGAGGUCCUGCCCAAGCUGGAUGCUGCGGUGUUGGCGCGGAUCGAGGCUGUGUUGGGUAACCACCCGCAGGAGCCGGAGACGUAUGGUCGCCCGCCGCUGGAUCAGGGCAUCCUUUGA